AGUAAAUUCACAGUCUGGGGUACUCUAGUUUUGUUAGUACAGUACACUCACAAUAGUUAACUAUAACUUGAAUUGUAGUCAAUUGUUAUCAAUUCAUUUGAUUUUGUAAUUUACAAACCAAAUGAUGAUAAGUUCAAUAAACUUUCUGUUAAUAAUUGAUGUGUUAGUUGUGGUUAUGGUUGUCAUGAGUGGUCAAUCACUGUGUGCUAAGCGGCCGUAUGUUAACAACAAUCAUGAGUUAGAAUUGACUAAAAAAGUCAUUAUUAAUCCCAAACACUGCAAAACCAGUCACGAUAUGGUUGUCAUCAUUCAUAGUGCCGGUCAAUCAACGGGUAAAUACUUUGACGUUAGACAAGAGUUAAGGUCGGGUUGGGUCGGAGCUGUCAAAAGACAUAACAUUAGUGUCUGGUUUGCACUCGCAUUAAAUAAGAACCAAACGGUUAAUGAAGAGCUGAUGAUAGAGUCAAACAAGUAUAACGAUAUCAUUCAGUUUGGUUUUGUCGACCACUACUAUAACCUGACACUCAAAGCCAUUGCAACUCAACGAUGGCUUCAUAGGUACUGUUCGUCAGUGAAAUAUCUACUGAAGAUAGACGACGACUCCUUUGUUAAUAUAGAUCUACUGUUGAAAGUGUUGCCUGACUUUGAUAUGGGUUUUAAUGGUUUAAUAAGAUUUGUUGAUUUAGUUCUUCACAGAGAAAUGGACUUCAAAUGGCAUGUCCCGAGACAGUACUAUCCAAACAAUUAUUAUCCCGAUUAUCCUCUAUCGACAUAUGUCGCCAACAAUGUCAACAAAGAUCAAUUGCUUCGGUCAUUAGACUCUUACAAAUCUAUUGCAGGACAUUAUGUUCUGGACAUUGACGACGCCUUUGUCACCGGUAUUCUUGCCAAUUGGUCGGGUAUUUCGCGUCAUAAUAGUAGUCAUUUUGUAUUAGACAACUGUAAAUGUAAAUGUAGUUUACAUACCGUUCCCAUACAUCUAGAGUGCAAAAAUCGAACGAAUACUUGGCAUGACUUUUUGGAUGCGUCCAUCAAUACAAAUGCCUACUGUAAUCAAACCUUAUCACCGAUCAAUGUCCACCAAGAUUUGUAAAUCAUAUAUACUGUAUAAUAAUUACAUAAAAAAUGACAUAUUUAUUGUGUAUUUAUUAUUAAUAGUAUA